AACCAUAACGAGCCGGUAGCGUUGCUUUCGGAAGUAUUUCGGGUUACACCGUGUUGCCAAGAUGGCCGCGCCCUGUACGUACCAUGGCAGGAAAGGUUGUAGCAACUUGUGAAGAAAUUAUAUGUCGAGUUUGGAGUUCUGGUGGACAUGGGUGUUUGCACCCCGAACUGGUGGGUGCUGUUCCGUGUUGGAUAUAUUUCUACGGCAGGCAGGGAGAUCCUGCCAUGGAGAAGCCAUAAGAGACUGAGCGGGUUGACAGGGAAUGGUGGUGUAAGGGGAUUCUCGAGCGAUUGCAUUACAGCAAAAGCACCGCUUAUAACACAGACAGCUGGAAAGGUUGGAGAUAUGAAUUGGUCUCUAACAACUGUUGGAAGGAAGUGUCUAGGCUGCAAGAAAGGUUAUCCCAAUGGGGUAAAAGCCAGCGGCACUGGGGCUGUCAAGGGGAAAGGCAUACAUAUUAUUUCCACAUGCGGCUCAGGAGACAGAUACUAUGGAAGAGAAGCUGGUGAUGCCAGUAACUGCAAGGAAACACGCUCUCUCAUGAACUGCUUACAAAGGAGAAGGUUUAAAGGGACAAUGCCAAUAGGCAACACCAGGCACUUUCUCAAUGGAAGGCUCUCUGCCAUAAGGCAUUUGCGCUGUGCUGUUAGAUUUUACACUGAGACCAGUGAAAGAGGGUCAUGUGAGGAUCAGAAGAAAAAGCACCCACCUUGGAAUGUUAUGUUUUUUGGAACUGAUGAGUUUGCACUGGAAUCUCUUAAAAUUUUGAACCAAUUCAGCAAAAGCACACAUGAACCAAUAAUUGGAAGGCUAGAGGUGGUCACGUUGCCUACAUAUUUGCCUAAGGGCCUUCCAGUGAAGAACUAUGCUGUAAACCACGGGAUCCCUUUCCAUGUUUGGCCACAGACGGGACAAUGUGAGCAAUUUGACGUUGGAGUCGUGGCAUCAUUUGGGCGACUCCUCAGCGAGGACCUCAUUUUAAAAUUUCCAUAUGGUAUCUUGAACGUACAUCCCAGCUGCCUGCCCAGGUGGAGAGGUCCAGCACCCAUAAUCCACACUAUUCUGAAUGGGGAUGAAAAUACCGGUGUCACUAUCAUGCAGAUAAGACCAAAAAGGUUUGAUGUUGGCCCUAUUGUCAUGCAGGAGGUGUACCCUGUUCCUCCAAGGUGCACUGCUAAGGAGCUGGAAGCUGUGCUGUCUAAAUACGGGGCUGAAAUGCUCAUUUCUGUAUUGAAGAACUUACCCCAGUGCCUAGAACACAGUACAGAGCAGCCGAAAGAAGGGGUAAUUUUUGCCCCCAAGAUUACAGCUGCUAUGAGCUGUGUUAAAUGGGACGAGCAGACGCCAGAGCAGAUUAUACGUCUUGAACGAGCUGUUGGAUUUUCGAUGCCCUUGCAGGCUGUCUGGAUGGGCUCACCCAUUAAACUUCUUAACUUUGUGGAAAUUCCAGACUCUGUUAAAGUUUCAGACUCCGUCAGCAAGCCCGGGUGCCUUCAAUAUCACCGCGCAGCUCAACUCCUUCUCGUAUGUUGCAAGGAUGGCUGGGUUGGGGUCAGAACAAUAGUACUAAAGAGGAAGCUCUCUGCCUCAGAUUUCUAUAAUGGGUACCUACAUCCUUGGUUUGUACAGAAGACUGAUAUGCAGCCAGAGGAGUGUCGCUUCCACACACUGCAUCUAUCACCCAAAGCAAAGAUUCCCAAACAGAAGCAAGUAUCUCAGUAGAGAAGCAGUAUGUUGGAUUGCUCCUCACCUCUUGGAGCAACUGUGUGACAGGGACAAGCUCCUGAAAACCUUGCAAAGUGCAGCACUUACGAGUCUACACAUUGAAAUGUUAAUGCUGUUAUUAACAGCAAGUCUUUGAUUUAACUCUGUGCUACUGAUUAUAUAUUAAGCAAAGAAGUAAAAUUCACAUGAAGACCAUAAAUGUGGCAUGAUUAAGGCUUCUGUAUACUACAUGGUCCAGAUGUAUAUUUUAUUACUAAAAUGACACUGUGCAGAAUCCAGAAUUGUAAGUUAGUGCUUCUGUGUCCUGAAACAUAUUACAGCGUUUCCAUUUUUCAUCUUA